AUGGCGAAGGACGACGAGAAGAAGCCCACCGCCGCUGAGAAGGGCAAGGGCAAGGCGCCAGUAAAUGGCGAUGCAGAGAAGGACGCGAAGACCGGCAAGGAUGGCAAGGUUGAGGACGACAAGAAGGGUGUUGCGACAGCCACAGGUAUGAUUCGCCUGCGGGACAGCUGCAACCAAGCUGCAGAGGAGCUCAGCGAGGAAGACCAACAACUCAAGAGCGAGCUGGACAUGCUAGUCGAGCGGAUAUUGGAAUCCGACAAAAGCCUGUACAAGCCUGCGCUCGACCAGAUCAAGGACUUCAUCAAGACAUCGACGAGUUCUAUGACGGCAGUACCCAAGCCGCUCAAGUUCCUCCGACCACACUACGAGAGCCUCGAGAAGCAGUAUGCGUCAUGGCCCGAAGGCGAGAACAAGCAAUCGUUCGCCGACAUGCUCUCCGUCCUCGGCAUGACGUACUCCGACGAAGAGCGCCUCGACUGCUUGAAGUACCGCCUACAAGCUCCUUCAACGGAUCUCGGCUCGUGGGGUCACGAGUACAUGCGCCAUCUUGCUCUCGAGAUCGGCAGAGAGUACCAGAACCGGCUGAACGAAGACAAGUCAACAGACGACAUCACCGACCUCGCGUCCAACCUCGUUCCCUUCUUCUUGAAGCACAAUGCUGAGGCUGACGCUGUUGACAUUCUGUCUGAGCUGGAGAUGAUUGACCAGAUCGAGCAGUACAUCGACGAGAACACAUAUGCGCGAGUAUGCUUGUACAUGGUCAGCAACGUGCCGCUCCUCACAUACCCCGACAACGACAAGUUCCUCCGAACCGUCUACCAGGUCUACCGCAAAUACAAGCAAUACACACAGGCGGUAGCUUUGGCGAUACGCCUGAACGACCGCGACUUGAUCGAGGAGGUGUUCAACUCGACCAAGGACAAGGCGAUCAGGAGACAAAUGGCGUUCCUCAUUGCGCGACAGCGGAUAUGGCUUGAUGUGUCCGAGGACGAUGACCCGGAACUCCAAGACUGCAUGAACAACACGCGGUUACCGGAUUACUACAAGGCGCUGGGCAAGGAGCUCAACAUUCUGGACCCGAAGACUCCCGAUGACAUCUACAAGACACAUCUCGAAAGCAGCAGGACAGCAGGGCUUACAAAUACCGACUCUGCUAGGCACAAUCUCGCAUCGGCAUUUGUAAAUGCGUUCGUCAACACUGGUUACGGCAACGACACUCUCAUGCUCAACGCCGAGGCUAAGAGCAGCUGGGUGUGGAAGACGAAGGAGGAGGGCAUGCUUUCAACGACUGCUUCCUUGGGUAUGCUUUUGCUUUGGGACGUUGAGACUGGUCUUGACAAGAUUGACCCCUACACUGGCGUCGACGACAACACCGUCAAGGCCGGUGCCAUGCUUGCAACGGGUAUCUUCAACACUGGUGUCCGUCUUGACUCGGAUCCGGCUCUGGCUCUUUUGGGCGACGAGGACAACAUUUCGUCCAAGGAUAGGCAAAUUCGCCUUGCCUCUAUUAUGGGUCUCGGAUUGGCAUACGCUGGGUCGAACAAGGAGGAGCUUCUCGAAGUUCUUCUACCAAUCGUCAGCGAUACUAGUCUUGACAUGCAACUUUCGGCCAUGGCCGCCUUGUCUCUCGGUAUGAUCUUCGUUGGAUCAGCAAAUGGCGAGGUCACGGCUGCGCUGAUGAACACUCUUCUGGACGAGGACCGAUCAAAGCAGCUCAAGGACAAGUGGACUCGCUUCAUGGCGCUUGGUCUCGCACUUCUUUUCUUCGGCCAGCAAGAGGAGGUCGACGUCAUUCUCGAGACACUAAAGGCGCUCGACCACCCCGCCGCCAAGUCUGCAUCAGUGUUGACUGAGGUCUGUGCUUGGGCAGGUACUGGUGCUGUGUUGAAGAUUCAGCAACUGCUGCACAUCUGCAACGAGCACAUCGAGGAUGAGAGCGAGGAGAAGAAGGGCGACGAGCUCCUUCAGUCAUACGCCGUCAUCGGUCUGUCGCUCGUCGCAAUGGGUGAGGAUGUCGGUCAGGACAUGAUUCUCCGCACCUUGGGCCACCUCAUGCACUACGGCGAAGCCAACAUUCGGAAAGCUGUGCCUCUUGCGCUUGGUCUCAUCAGCCCCAGUAACCCACAGAUGAAGGUCUACGACACUCUGUCGAGAUACUCUCACGACAAUGACAACGAUGUUGCCAUCAACGCCAUCUUUGCCAUGGGUCUUUGCGGUGCUGGAACCAACAACGCUCGUCUCGCCCAGCUCCUCCGCCAAUUGGCCAGCUAUUACCACCGCGACCCCAACGCUUUGUUCAUGGUGCGCAUUGCUCAGGGUCUACUGCACAUGGGUAAGGGUACGCUCACCGUGAGCCCCUUCCACACCGACCGACAAGUCCUGUCCCGUGUUGCGGCCGCGGGUCUGCUUACCGUUCUGGUCUCUCUCAUUGAUGCUAAGAGCUUCAUUGCUGGUGACUCACAUUACCUCCUGUACUACCUGGCGACAGCCAUGGCGCCACGCUUCCUCAUCACCCUCGAUGAGGACCUUCAGCCGCUGACCGUCAACGUCCGUGUUGGUCAGGCCGUGGACAUUGUCGGCCAGGCUGGUCGACCGAAGACCAUCACUGGAUGGCAGACACAGAGUACACCAGUGCUGCUGGCACAUGGCGAGAGGGCCGAGUUGGAAGAUGAGAAGUACCUGAGUCUGACAAAUGUAUUGGAGGGCGUGGUCAUACUGCGGAAGAACCCUGAAUGGGAAGACUGA